AUGGAUAUUCAGUUCGACCAAACAUUCAAAAUAUCUUCUACUGCUUUAUAUUUGAACCUAGGCCAUCCUUCACUGACUAUAAAUAAAGCAUGGGCGACCAAGUUAUUUAUUUUCUAUGCUAUUUACACUCCAAGUUUCGUAUCUUUCAUUUACAGUAGCCUCUUCGAUGACUUCACUAAAAUUUGCACCAACUUCAGCCUGGCAGCAGUAUAUUGUGUCAUCAGCUUCAACUACGGACUUUUAACUAUAUAUAAGCAACGUUUCAUCAAUAUGAUCAGAAUAGUUGAAGAAGACUUGCGUGAUUCAAGAGAGUUCAUUGAUGAAGACGAGAAAGCCGUUAGAGAGUUCACUGCUAAAGGAGUAUAUGCUUCUAAGUUUUGGACUUCUAGUUGCUUGCUUUGUGGUGCCAUGUUCUUUUGCAAAGGUGUUGUCGGCACCUCUUAUUCCGCUUUUACAGGGAAUUUCAAACCAGUCGCUAUACAAGAACUAAUAUAUCCUUCUUAUAUAGAAGAAAGGAAGAAUGGUUUUCUUAUGUACAUAAUUAUUUUUGGUUCUCAAACGUUUUAUAUCGUCUUCUCAGUUCUUAUGUAUGCUGGGUUUAAUCCGCUAGGUCCGAUAUUCUUAAUGCAUGCGUGUGGUCAAAUUCAAGUAACUAUUCAGCGGGUUCAGAGACUUUUUUCUGAUGAUGAUAUUGAUGUUGAUGAUUUAUUGAAGAAACUGAAAGACAUAACACGGCUGACGCAGCGUAUUUAUAGUUUUGUAGACCAAAUACAGCAUACUCAUCGCCUGUUAUAUGAAAUGUGCAUCAAAACAAGCGUCAUUUGUCUUUCGACAUCCUUGUUUGCUAUUACUGAGUCUUACAAGGAAGGCAGUGUAAGCUUCGACCUAAUUUGCUACACCUUUGCUUGUACUGUACAAUGCGGGAUUCCGUGCUACUAUUGUGAAGUUCUCUUGGGCAAAGGUGAGCAGCUCCGUGUUGCCAUAUACGAAUGUGGCUGGGAGAGGUUUUGGGUUCCGAAGAGUCGCUCAAUAAUUCUAGUGUUGCUGGCCAGAACCGCGCGCCCUCUAGGGAUUUAUUCUGUCUUUUCUACUGUCUCUUUAAUGGCGUUUGGAGAAGGCGACACUCUGAGAGUAGAGACUCCCAUCCACCACCUUUUUACAGGUACCCUUGCUGUGGCAUAA